GAAGCAUCUGCUGGAGAUCACGGUGACGCGCGUCGCAACACACGCAGGAGGCAUCACGUAGACUAUAUCCCUGGUGCGCCAGACCUCCUAUUAUAUAACAAACUACAAGAUGUCCAAGCCACUGACGGACCAAGAGAAGAGGAAGCAAAUUUCCGUGCGAGGUCUCGCCGGGGUUGAAAACGUCGCAGACCUCAAGACCAAUUUUAAUCGCCAUCUGCACUUCACUUUGGUUAAGGACCGUAAUGUUGCAACGAAGCGCGACUACUACUUCGCCCUGGCGCACACCGUCCGAGACCAUUUGGUGGGAAGAUGGAUCCGGACGCAGCAGCAUUACUACGAGAAGGACCCUAAACGCGUGUACUAUCUCUCUCUGGAAUUCUACAUGGGACGGACCCUUCAAAACACCAUGGUAAACUUAGCUUUGGAGAAUGCCUGUGAUGAGGCCAUCUAUCAGCUGGGUCUGGAUAUGGAGGAGUUGCAGGACAUGGAGGAGGAUGCUGGCCUGGGAAACGGAGGCCUUGGUCGACUGGCAGCUUGCUUUCUGGACUCCAUGGCGACCUUGGGCCUGGCAGCAUAUGGAUAUGGAAUCCGCUAUGAGUUUGGAAUCUUCAAUCAGAAAAUCAUGAAUGGCUGGCAGGUGGAGGAAGCAGAUGAUUGGCUGCGUUACGGCAAUCCUUGGGAAAAAGCCCGGCCUGAAUACAUGCGCCCUGUGCAUUUCUAUGGUCGAGUGGAACACCACCCCGAAGGAGUGAAAUGGGUGGACACACAGGUUGUCCUUGCCCUUCCCUAUGACACACCUGUGCCAGGAUACAGAAACAACAUUGUUAAUACAAUGAGGCUCUGGUCUGCCAAAGCUCCAUGUGAAUUCCACCUCAAAGAUUUUAAUGUUGGUGGAUACAUCCAGGCCGUUCUGGACAAGAAUCUCGCUGAGAACAUCUCCCGUGUGCUUUACCCUAAUGACAAUUUCUUUGAGGGGAAAGAGUUGCGUCUGAAGCAGGAGUAUUUUGUGGUGGCUGCAACUCUCCAGGACAUUAUCCGCAGGUUUAAAGCCUCCAAGUUUGGCUCAACUGAGGUGGUGCGCAUGGAUCUGACCACACUGCCGGAUAAGGUUGCUAUACAGUUGAAUGACACUCAUCCUGCAAUGGCCAUCCCAGAGCUGAUGAGAAUACUGAUGGAUGAUGAGAAACUAUCCUGGGACAUGGCUUGGGACAUCACUGUGCGUACUUGCGCAUAUACCAACCACACUGUCUUACCAGAAGCUCUGGAACGCUGGCCCGUCGACCUGUUCCAAAACCUCCUGCCCCGUCACCUAGAGAUCAUCUACGAGAUAAACAGACGUCAUCUGGAGCGGAUCUCUGCGCUUUACCCUGGUGAUUAUGAUCGUUUGAGACGCAUGUCUCUUAUUGAGGAGGGCGGACAGAAGAAGAUCAACAUGGCUCAUCUCUGCAUCGUUGGCUCUCAUGCAGUUAAUGGCGUGGCACAAAUCCAUUCAGACAUUAUUAAGGACACUGUUUUUAAGGACUUCUAUGAUGUGGACCCAGAGAAGUUUCAGAACAAGACCAAUGGUAUCACACCUCGUCGCUGGCUUGUCAUGUGUAACCCUGGACUGGCUGAGGUUAUCGCUGAGAGAAUCGGAGAAGACUACAUCCGUGACCUGAGCCAGCUGAAGAACCUCUUGAAGUUUGUGGAUGAUGAUGCUUUCAUUCGAGACAUUGCCAAAGUCAAACAAGAGAAUAAGAUGAAAUUUGCAGUGCAUCUAGAAGAACAAUACAAGGUGAAGAUUAACCCAAACUCUAUGUUUGAUGUCCAAGUGAAGAGGAUCCAUGAAUACAAAAGACAGCUGAUGAACUGUCUGCACAUCAUCACCCUCUACAACCGCAUCAAGAAGGAGCCUAACAAGACCUGGACUCCUAGGACCAUUAUGAUUGGAGGAAAGGCGGCUCCUGGGUAUCACACUGCUAAGAUGAUCAUCAAACUGAUCACAGCAAUUGGAGAUGUGGUGAAUAAUGACAGUGUGGUGGGAGAUCGUCUGAAAGUCAUCUUCCUUGAGAACUACAGAGUUACACUGGCUGAGAAAGUCAUCCCUGCAGCUGACCUGUCCGAGCAGAUCUCCACAGCGGGAACAGAAGCUUCUGGAACAGGCAACAUGAAGUUCAUGCUGAACGGAGCUCUGACCAUCGGCACCAUGGAUGGGGCUAACGUGGAGAUGGCAGAAGAGGCGGGAGAAGAGAACCUCUUCAUCUUCGGCAUGAGAGUGAAGGAUGUGGAAGCUUUGGAUAAGAAAGGAUAUGAUGCCAUGGAGUAUUAUAACCGCAUUCCAGAACUGAAGCAAGUCAUGGAUCAGAUCUCUGGAGGAUUCUUCAGCCCUGGAGAACCUGAUCAGUUUAAAGACAUUGUUAAGAUGUUGAUGCACCACGACAGGUUCAAGGUGUUCGCUGACUAUGAAGACUACAUCAAAUGUCAGGACAAAGUCAGCGCCCUGUAUAAGAAUACUAAAGAAUGGACCAAGAUGGUCAUCCACAACAUAGCCGGUUGUGGCAAAUUCUCCAGCGACCGCACCAUCGCCCAGUACGCCCGUGAGAUCUGGGACAUGGAGCCUAGUCUGGAGAAGAUCGCAGCUCCAGACGACUCCCGCUAAGUCCUUCCACAGCAUCAGAAUCUUCCUGUUGUAGCUGUUCUCACAUUUAAGUUUAUUUACCAUUGUGACGAUGUAGAAAGGUGAUUUUAACGUUGACAUGUCAUAGGAGAUGUUUCUCCAUCUUGCCGUCAGACAGCCAGAAUACCUCACAACUUCCCUGCUCGAGCGACGAGCUGUCAACGCAUCUAGCUUUGUGGCAUGUUAAUAUACAGUAUAUGUUGGUGUAAGAAUGUUAGUUUUUUCUGUGAAAUAUUAUGAAAAGAUAUGAAGUAUUUGUCUAUCCAUGCCAGCAGAACAGCACAGCCUCAUCCCAGAGAACCGAACAUACACUGUGAGGGCAAAAAGUAUAGCAAAAAUGUUCAUUUAGCCACUUAUCACAGCAUGAUGACUGUUAUCAGAAACCACCUUUUUUUUUGUGCGUGUGUGUGUUGUUUAAGCUUUGAAUCACUUAUACUAUUUCUAUUUCCAACAGGCAUUUAUUACAUAACCAGUUUGGGCUUUAAUUAGUUUGAAUAUGGUGCAGUAACAGUCAAACCGAUAUAAAAUACCUGUCCUGUCAUAUGUUCUGUCUUCUUAAAACGACCUGCCUUAACCAUACAAGUGUUGUUUGUGUAUGUUUAGGUCUGUAUCUCUGCCUGUCUUACGCUGGCCUGGUAAUGCUCCUGACUUGUUCUUUCGCCCACGGAGCUCCUCACUUUAGCACUUUAGGCAUGAUCUGUCACUUUUGUCCUCAUGAAGUGCUGUACUGUAAUUCUUUCCACACGUACUGUUGUAACUCCGGACUGGUUUUCACACCACAUAAAAUAAGACCUGCAGGAAUGAUCAUGGGGCCCUGCUGAAAACUGUGCUUGAAUCUAGUGAGGUAGCAAAACCAAUAUAACACUGAAGUGUGAUUCUCCGUAUCGGCCAGGCUGUGUUCAAGACCCUGAUGUGUAUUUACUCAAGAUAUAUUGUAAUAGACUUAUAUAUUUAGAAUAGGAAAUGAAUGUAUGGUGCAGUGCAAUUAAACUAGGCAUAAAUUGCCGGUUUAGUGAUAACGGAAGGUGGUGUAUUUAUGUCAUUCCUACAUGGACUCGCAACCUAACCUGCAACUAGUUAGCAGCUCCAGCCGCCACCGUCCCCUCCGGUGAUCUUGUCAGGUUUUUUUUGUUCUCUCUGAAUGUUUUGCCCAUAUUGUGGGUAACAAGACACACCAAACAGUCCCGCGGAUGCCCUUGAAGAGUAACAAAAUGAAAUAAAGUGAUUAAGAGUGA